AUUCCAACCAAUCAGCGUCCUCCGUCUGCAGAGCUCAGCGCUUGCUAGCAGGGGAGUUAGCUUAGCGCAGACACAUUUAGCUGUUCGGCUCUUUUCCACGUUAUUUAUAUGAUUAUAUUACCGUAAACCAGCGCGGAAUAAACAGGCGCAGUUAACAUAGCAUCGUUUUCGUCUGAAAGGCUCCGAACCGACACGAUGACGGGCUCCAAUGAGUACAAACUGAACCAGGGACCAGAGGACACCAUCUCUGCCGUCAAGUUCAGCCCCAGCACAGCUCAGUUCCUGCUGGUGUCCUCGUGGGACUGCACGGUCCGUCUCUUCGAUGUCGGAGGCAACACCAUGCGGAUGAAGUACCAGCACUCAGCUCCAGUUCUUGACUGUGCUUUUUAUGACCCAACACAUUCCUGGAGUGGAGGAUUAGAUGCACAGUUAAAAACUCAUGAUUUGAACACAGACCAAGAUACAAUAGUUGGAGCACACGAUGCUCCAAUCCGUUGUGUGGAGUACUGCCCAGAGGUUAACGUCAUGGUAACGGGUAGCUGGGACAGAUCGGUUCGACUGUGGGACCCGAGGACGCCCUGCAACGCUGGCACCUUUACUCAGCCUGAGAAGGUGUAUACGCUUUCUGUGGCCGGAGAUAGACUAAUCGUCGGCACAGCUGGAAGAAGAGUCCUGGUUUGGGACCUGAGGAACAUGGGCUACGUACAGCAAAGAAGAGAGUCCAGUCUCAAGUAUCAGACACGCAGCAUCAGAGCUUUCCCCAACAAACAGGGCUACGUCUUGAGUUCAAUCGAGGGACGUGUAGCUGUGGAGUACCUGGACCCAAGUCAGGAGGUUCAGAAGAAGAAAUACGCCUUCAAAUGCCACAGGCUGAAGGAGGAUGGAAUUGAGCACGUUUACCCCGUCAAUGCAAUCUCAUUUCACAGUGUUCACAACACCUUUGCCACAGGUGGCUCGGACGGCUUUGUGAACAUCUGGGACCCGUUCAACAAGAAGCGCCUGUGCCAGUUCCACCGGUACCCGACCAGUAUCGCCUCCCUUGCUUUCAAUAACGACGGCACCAUGCUCGCCAUCGCCUCCUCCUACAUGCAAGAAAAGGGUGACAUCAGCCACCCGGAGGAUGCCAUCUUCAUCCGCCAAGUCACAGAUGCUGAGACGAAGCCCAAGUGAGUCUUCCUCGUCCCUCGGGUCAACCUAAGUCCACCUUGCAACAGUUCCCUCUGCGUGUGUUUGGGUUAUCUGCUGGUAUCCAGUGUACCAUUAUCAAAAUGUCUCCUGUCAUUUCUUUCUGUUCCAUACAGUUGAACUUUCUUGUAAGUAACUGUUGUCUGUUAAAAUCUUUUCUGUUCUGGCUCUUGUUAUAUAGUUCUUUUUUGUUUCAUGUAUGUUCCAAUGACCAUGCAUCGUUGUCUGAUUCAAAUACACCUUUUUCUGCUUUUGCAUGGUCAUCAACACAAACUGAUGUCGUGAUCUUUUUUGUUGACUCUUACAUUUUUAACACUGAAACUUUUUGACACUGAUUCGAGCUCUGUUUGUAUAAUAAAACAUUGAUCAACAGCA